CAUCCUCAGAGCCAGACACACAGAAUUGGUAAAAUUCUGAAAAGUCAGGGUUGUUUUUAUACCCAUUGUCUAGAUGAGGAAACCGAGGCUCCGAGUCAGUGAGCUUGUGAGAUGCAAGGGAGUACUGGAGGGGCCGGGUAGGGUCCUUACCCCCAACCCCUCUUCCUGGCAGCAUGGCGUCCUGUGCAGAGCCCUCUGCCGUGGGCUCUGAGCCUGCCGCCCCGCUACCUGCCAGGCUCCCGCCACUGGAGGACUUUGAGGUGCUAGAUGGAGUGGAGGAUGCAGAAGAGGACGAGGAGGAGGAUGACUUGAGUGAGCUGCCGCCGCUGGAGGACAUGGGGCAACCCCCACUGGAGGAGCCAGAGCCACCUGGGGCCCUGGCCCGAGAGUUCUUGGCCUCCAUGGAGCCCGAGCCUGCCCCAGCUCCGACCCCGGACGAGUGGCUGGACAUCCUGGGGAACGGGCAGUUGAGGAAGAAGACGCUUGUUCCAGGCCCGCCUGGCUCGAGCCGCCCAGCCAAGGGCCAGGUGGUAACCGUGCGGCUGCAGACGUCUCUGGAGAACGGCACCAGGGUCCAGGAGGAGCCAGAGCUGGUGUUCACCCUGGGCGACUGCGACGUCAUUCAGGCUCUGGACCUCAGUGUCCCGCUCAUGGAGGUGGGGGAGACCGCCAUGGUCACCGCUGACUCCAAGUACUGCUAUGGCCCCCAGGGCAGGAGCCCCUACAUCCCCCCGCACGCAGCGCUGUGCCUGGAGGUGACCCUGCAGACAGCUGAGGAUGGGCCCGACCUGGAGAUGCUCUCAGGGCAGGAGCGGGUGGCCCUGGCCAACCGGAAGCGCGAGUGCGGCAACGCCCACUACCAGCGGGCCGACUUUGUGCUGGCUGCCAACUCCUACGACCUAGCCAUCAAGGCCAUCACCUCCAGCGCCAAAGUGGACAUGACGUUUGAGGAGGAGGAGCAGCUGCUGCAGCUGAAGGUGAAGUGUCUGAACAACCUGGCGGCCUCGCAGCUGAAGCUGGACCACUACCGCGCCGCGCUGCGCUCCUGCAGCCUUGUGCUCGAGCACCAGCCCGACAACAUCAAGGCGCUCUUCCGCAAGGGCAAGGUGCUGGCCCAGCAAGGAGAGUACAGUGAGGCCAUCCCCAUCCUGCGGGCGGCCCUGAAGCUAGAACCUUCCAACAAGACGAUCCACGCAGAGCUCUCCAAGUUGGUGAAGAAGCACGCGGCACAGCGGAACACGGAGACUGCUCUGUACCGGAAGAUGCUGGGUAACCCCAGCCAGCUGCCUGCCAAGUGUCCCGGGAAGGGUGCCUGGUCCAUCCCGUGGAAGUGGCUGUUUGGAGCAACUGCCGUUGCCCUGGGGGGUGUAGCCCUCUCCGUCGUCAUUGCUGCCAGGAACUGAACAUUCAGGUGGCUGCCACCCCCAUGCACCGUGGACCCCACCCUACGCCUCCCAACUCCCUUGGCCCCAUCCACUGCCCUUCCUGACCCAGCCCCUCCCCCCGCUUGGGGCAGUCAGAUUUGAGGGCCACACGGCCCAGCAAGCUCGAGGCUCUUGGAGGGGAGCCAGGAGGGGCCGAGCCCAAGUCCAGCUCAGAGGGAGGGGCCCUCAUCCCCAUGCCCAGCUCCUGCCCGCCUCCCCCUCCCCCCAUCCCUAACCCCUGUCAGGCCUUCACUA